AUGUCUCCGCCCGUUGCUUCCAAGCAGGAGAGGGAGUCGAACACCGCGCGACUCUUGGGUUCCGGCUCCGCUGGUAUCGCCGAGUUGGCCGUCUUUCACCCUGUCGACACCAUUGCGAAGCGCUUGAUGAGCAACCAGAGCAAGAUUGCCGGCAUCGACCAGCUCAACCAAGUUAUCUUCAAGGACAAGGCCACUGCGACCGCCGGCCGCAAGUUCUUCUCCCUCUUCCCCGGCCUGGGCUACGCCGCCGGGUACAAGGUCCUCCAGAGAAUAUACAAGUACGGAGGCCAGCCCGUCGCCAGAGACUUCCUUGCCAAGAACUAUGGCGAGGAUUUUGAGCGCGCCUUCGGCAAGAAGACGGGCAAGGCCAUCAUGCACUCCACCGCCGGCAGUUUGAUCGGUAUCGGAGAGAUCGUUCUCCUUCCUUUGGACGUCCUCAAGAUCAAGAGACAGACAAACCCCGAGGCCUUCCGCGGCCGCGGUGUCUUCAGGAUCGUCGCCGACGAGGGCUUUGGUCUGUACAGAGGAUGGGGCUGGACUGCCGCCCGUAACGCUCCUGGAUCGUUCGCUCUGUUUGGUGGUUCCGCCUUCACGAAAGAGUACCUCUUCAAGCUGGACGACUACAACAAGGCCUCGUGGUUCCAAAACUUCAUCGCCUCCAUCGCUGGAGCUUCCGCCUCCCUCCUCGUCUCCGCUCCCCUCGACGUCAUCAAGACCCGCAUCCAGAACCGCAACUUUGAGAACCCCGAGAGCGGCUUCAGGAUUAUUUCCAACAUGAUGAAGAACGAGGGUGCCUCCGCUUUCUUCAAGGGACUUGUUCCCAAGCUGUUGAUGACCGGCCCCAAGCUGGUGUUCUCCUUCUGGCUUGCGCAGACACUCAUUCCCGCGUUCGAUGGUAUGCUUAAAUAA